AUGAUUAGAUUCUGUCCCUGGAUGGGUCUCGUAGACCAUGUCUACCAAAACUAUGAGCUAGGACCUGUAUUCUGUAAAUUAGAGGGAUUUCUCAAAAUGUUAUGUCUAUUGGCGAGUGUGUUAUCAUUAGUAAUCAUAUCCAUCGAUCGUUUCAUUGCAAUCGCAUACCCAUUCAAACGGCAUCUCAACCAUAAGGCAUCCUAUUUAGUCAUAUUUGCCAUCUGGGCGUUAGCUGUGAUACUGUCCAGUCCUCUGGCCUUUUGGCGAUCAUAUAAGGAGAGACAAUGGGCCGACUAUCUCGAGAAAUGGUGUCCCGAAGUGAAUGUGGAGACAACGAAAUACUACUGGCUGUUCCUAAUGCUACCACUCGUGUACUUCCCGCUCAUCGUCAUGAUUGUCGUCCACUCAGUGAUCAUCAAACAUAUGGAUAGGUACGAGAGGAUGACGGCUAUCAACGAGACCCCGGUGCGAGUCAAGCAUAGUCGCACUCUCAUCAAAAUGCUAUUCAUUUACAUCCUGACCACAAUUGUCUGUUGGUUUCCCCUGCAACUGGUGGUCAUGUACCGGCGCUUUAAGUCACCCACAGCUGAAUUACCCAGUUGGUACUUGGACGGCUGUUUCAUAGCGCAG